AUGAACAUACCUCGACUCUCACACCGACGAGCAGAGUCCGAUCUGCGUAUCAAGAGUCCUUUUGCAGGCCGUCCUGUUGCCAGACCACCUUUGGCAGCACCGGACGAUCAGAGCAACAUGGAGGAUGUGCCGCGAAAGGUUUCAAGACCUAUAAGCAUGCCAUAUAUGGAGAAUGGUAUGCGGUGGAUGGAGAAGCAGGAAGCCAGGUCAUUGCGAAUGGCUUUGGAAGAUAUGGAUAUUGACAAGGACAAGAAGGUUCACGAGGCAGCACAAGAUGAGGCAGCUGAACUUGUAUGGAAGCAUCAGAAUCCUGGAGCAGUAUCUGCGAAUCCUGAUACCGCAUACGCAAACCCAGACGCCAAGCGAGAUUAUCGCUCGCACUUGAGGAAGGGCAGCUAUACGCGUAGUCACAGUCAGGACCAGGUGCCGCUGGCUGUGUCACGAAAAUCAUCUGCUGGAAGUCAAGAUGUUGUGCAAGAUGCACCACUCUCCGGUAGACCAGCUGAAAGUGGAGUCCGCAAGGUCAGUCCACCUAUGGCUACCAUACCGGUGCAGAAAAAUCGUUCGCCAUCUGGGAAAAGCUAUGGCGGUCUUGCGGAAGCAGUGGACCACGACAUUGCGAAAGCUUUCCGAAGAUCGAGCGGGGGCAGCAAGCGGAUCAUGAGUGGUGAAAAGUCGUACAUGAACAAGCACGAUCGGAUAUGGGAAGAUCCAGAAGAGGGACACAGUCGAGCUCAGCCGUUGGAAGUUGUGCCAGAACCAAUAAAGCCAGCCAUUACGCCGAUCCAGCCCCCAUCAUAUAUGAGGAAGAAUCCUUUCGCAAGAGUCAGAGUCCAGCAGCAAGGCCGACUCGAGCAUAGUACAUCAGCGCCAGUUCUACCCGUGGCGAAACAUAACAGUGUAGACAUACAACGCAACCCGCCGAGCCAAAGCAGAAGGGCUUGGUAUACUGCGAACGAGCCCUUGCCGCCAACACCACCAUCAUCUCGCGAUGAGCCAGCGGACGAAGUAGCGCCAAAGGCGACACCUACGAAGGAUGGAAUCGAGUUGCGUGGCGACGAUAUCCGUGCCGCUACAAGCAAGCAGCGCAAAGACCGUAGCCCUAGGCUGCCUCAGCCAACGCUGGUCAGUGAUAAGCCUGGACGGCCAAUCGUGAGCUUCAGACAGGAUACUGGACCAAAAGAGGUUGUGCUGCAAGAGGUGCACGCCAAGGCCUUGUCCGAACCACAUAACUUUAGAGGAGCAAGCGCACAUUUUCGUGCUGCGUCGCCUCCCAGCGUGCCAGUGAUACAAGUCAACGACAUGGCAGCACCUCCAAUCCCAACGAUAAUAUGUCCCGACAACCCAGAGAUUCCUAGCAUCGUGCUGCCAGAGGAGCCAGACUUUGCAUCUUCAAGCUUUACUUCACAGCCACCGACUCCUUCAGUGAUUAUUGACCCGCCUGUGAUAAACGUGAGCGGGCCUGACGAUGCACAAUUGCCUCUCGACAGGCCCGCAAGACGACCAUUACCAGUGCCAACUCGUCCUGGUCUUACACACCACGCAGCUACAACACCUGUUCCAAUGGCCUCAACACAUCGCACAGUCUACACUCGCCAAUCUGGCAUACUAUGCGCACAUUGUGCUCUUCCAAUCGCCGGCCGCAUCCUCAGCGCAGCAGGAGAGCGUUUCCACCCCAAAUGCUUCGUCUGUCAUGAAUGCCACACGAACCUCGAAUGCGUUGCCUUUUACCCCGAGCCGGAGAAGCAGCGCGGAGAGCGAGUCACUCGGAUACAAGCUCGCUCUAUCGGAGCAGAAGUCCCUGGAUGCGAAGAUAUGGCCGACGAUGAGUACUACGAUCUCGAAGCUAGGGAUGGCGACCUAAGUCUCCGCUUCUAUUGCCAUCUUGACUUUCACGAGCUAUACAGCCCGCGGUGCAAGAGCUGCAAAACACCCAUCGAAGGCGAAGUCAUUGUGGCGUGUGGGGCAGAAUGGCACGCGGGCCACUUCUUCUGCGCGCAGUGCGGCGACCCCUUCGACUCGUCAACGCCUUUUGUGGAGAAGGAUGGAUAUGCUUGGUGUGUCAAUUGCCAUACGAAUCGCUACAGCUCGAAAUGCAGGAAGUGCAAGAAGCCGGUCACGGAUUUGGUGGUCAAGGCUUUGGGGAGUGAUUGGCAUAAUAAGUGUUUUGUUUGCAUGGAGUGCAAUGGAGAGUUCGAUGACGGGCGAUACUUCCUUAGAGGAGAAUCGAGGGACCCUGUCUGUGUGCGGUGCGAGGAGAGGCGUCUCAAGGCGUAG